GAAGCUCAUUUGGCAAGGCUUUUCGGGGCGUGUCAGCUAGCGUGUAAAUAAUAAAACUGAUGGUUUAAACUGAAGUCUUCCUGUGCGGAACAACUAUUGAACACUUGAGGAAUACAAGAAAAGUCUGUCAGCACAAUGGCAUCACCAACCCCUCUGUCCAAGGCCAACACCACCUUCUCUCUGGCUUUGCUCAAAAAGUUCGGAGAUGACGACAAGACAGCGAAUGUAUUCUUCUCCCCUUUCAGCAUCUCCUCAGCACUGGCUAUGGUGAUGCUUGGGGCCAGAGGAAACACAGCCACGCAGAUGUCAGAGGUCCUCCGCUUCACUGAGGCAGAGAAGCCACGGGAUGCAGGAGCAGAGCAGAUGCAGAUGCAGCAGAAGGCAGUCUUUAAACUGCCACCAUAUCUGCGGAAGAUGUGCCUGAAAACCCAGGAUUGUCAGGAUGAUGUCCACGCUAGCUUUGCCCAACUACUGAGUGAGAUCAACAAGGCUGACGCUCCGUAUGCCCUCAGUGUUGCCAACAGGCUGUACGGGGAGCAGUCCUACCUGUUUGUUCAGGAUUAUUUAGGACAAACCAAGAAGCACUACAGUGCAGAGCUGGAGUCUGUGGACUUCGUGGGCAGCUCAGAGGCGGCCAGGCUCAACAUCAACAAAUGGGUGCACGACCAGACACAAGGUAAAAUUAAGGACUUGCUGGCCAUGGGUGUGGUGGACAGCCUCACCAGGCUGGUGCUGGUCAAUGCCAUCUACUUCAAGGGCAACUGGAACAAGCAGUUUACAGAGAGCGCCACAGGAGAUGUUCAGUUUAGAAUUAACAAGAAUGAAACCAAGCCAGUGAAGAUGAUGCACCAGAAAUCAAAGUUCCCUUUCACCUACAUCCCGGAAGCCAACUGCCAGAUCCUUGAGAUGCCUUACAAAGGAAAGGAGCUCAGCAUGCUCAUCCUUUUACCCAAUGAGGUGGAGGACAGUACAACCGGUCUGGAGAAGCUGGAGAAGGAGCUGACCUAUGAGAACUUUAUGGAGUGGACUCGCCCAGACAUGAUGGAUGAAGUUCAGGUCCAGGUGGGGCUUCCUCGGUUCAAGAUGGAGGAGAACUACGACAUGAAGAAAGUCCUGGUCAGCAUGGGCAUGGUGGACGCUUUCGAGGCAUCAAUGUGUGACUUCUCUGGAAUGGCUCCCGGCAACGACCUGGUGCUGUCCAAAGUCGUCCACAAGGCUUUCGUGGAGGUCAACGAGGAGGGAACCGAGGCCGCUGCUGCCACAGCUGGUAUUAUGAUGCUGCGCUCUGCCAUGCCAGCGACCUUCAUCGCCAACCACCCCUUCCUCUUCUUCAUCCGACACAACCCCUCCAUGACCAUUCUCUUCUCUGGCCGGUACUGCUCCCCUGAGUGAGCACACCGUUUAGUGCAGUGUUUCUCAACAGGAAGGGGGAGAGGGGUACAAUACUAUCUACUAUUGCAACAACUACUGGAAGAAUGUUGAAAAUCACCACUCUGGAGUUCCUUAUAGCUAAUCACACCCUGAAUUCCCGUCCUUUAUCAUCAACACCAGAAUGACUGGUAAAAGCAGUGGUGUUGAAAUUUCCUAAGUGUGGCUUUUCGUUAGCGUCGCCUCUGUGUGUAUCCGGAGCAUUACGUUCUUGCACUGUUUUAUCUUUUGCACCUUAUCUCAUCUUUAGGAUAUGGUUUACUUUAAGUCUGUAAUGCACGUAUGACCAAUUUGCUGCACCCUCACACCCUACCCUAGUUAAUGUAUACCAUGAAACUCUAAUGCAUCUUAUCUUAAGCCUUAUACCCUUUGAAAGAAUUUGCCUUAAUCACAAUUUCUAUUUUUCAACCUCUAGCACAGACGUCAACUUAACUUUACACCAUAUGAAUAUACAACUGUUGCAAGAUUUACUGCACUUUAUCUACAGUACAUGCAAUUACAGAGUUUUAUAUGUUCAGUAAACCAAAGAGAAUAAUGUGAUGAAGUCACAUUGUCAGAUAAAUAUGUCCUUGGUGAUUGGUGUAAUCAAGGAAAGUGCAGUUAUUUGUAAUUGUACAAUUAUGCAUAUAAUGAUUAUAGACCAUAAAGAAAAAGAGCUUGCAUGAAGGUUUGAACUUACAUUGAGUCCAGGCCAUUUUGUAUAUCCUUACGCUUCUACAUUUGGAAUAAAAGUGUGUGGUUC